UGUAAAUGUCAGCUUGUUAACGGCGCUGGGGCAAAAGUUGAGCCUGACUGAUUGAAAAUGCAAAUUGUGCAGUGAAUCAACAGACUUGUGGUAUCACCAGCAGAAGUAGAAACAGGAGCAGAAACAUCAGCAGCACUAUUGCGACCGCCAAAGCAACAAAAACAACAAUUACAGCAAGAGGAGUGUUUGUGGCAGACAGUGAAGUGAGAAGUGGAUUUGGGGCAGCGGCUAAAAAAUAUACAUAUAGACAAAACACAAAGCAAUCAACUGCACGCACGUUGCACGGGGCGUAUGCGUAACGCGAAGCAUUAAAGCUGUUGGAAAUGACACUCGCAAAAUGUAUCGUUGCAAAAACUGGUUUUGUGCGCGCAGCAACAACAACAACUACGUCGAUGUUGCACUAAAUGAGCCUACGCCCACGCCCGGGCCCACGCCGACGUCUAAUAACAUCAAUAGUGUGCGAAACAAAGGCAAUCAGCGCGAGCAACAACACCAACAGCACAACAGCUCGAAUCGACCCACCGACGAUGAACCACCGCACACACCACCACAGACAACGGGCGCCCAUGUGGUCACUUUUUUGGAUGAUGCACCAAGCGGCAGCAACGGAACUAGCAGUGCUGGCAUAACCAGCAGUCGAAUCGUGACCACAGCCGAGCUCCACCAGGCCCACAUGCUCGAGCAUCAUUCCAAUUUGGAUGCCAUUGAGCAGGCCGAUGAUUUCAUUUAUGGUCCCGGUGCCGGAUUGUCGCUUUGCGAUGAUAGUUUGCCAUCGGCUAAGAAUUGUUACCGUCUGGUCAUGUUGGGCUCCUCACGCGCUGGCAAAUCGUCGAUUGUGGCACGUUUUUUGGGCAAUCGGUUUGAGGAGGCCUAUACGCCAACCAUUGAGGAGUUUCAUCGUAAACUGUAUCGCAUACGAAAUGAGGUCUUUCAAUUGGACAUUUUGGAUACUUCUGGCUAUCAUCCGUUUCCUGCAAUGCGUCGUUUGUCAUUUCUAACGGGCGAUCUUUUCAUACUAGUGUUUAGCAUGGACUCGCGCGAAUCUUUCGAAGAGGUGGUGCGUUUGCGAGAGAACAUUCUUGAGACUAAAUGGGCUGCGUUGAAUCCCGGCUCUGGCUUCAAAAAAAAGAGUUUGCCAAAAAUACCCAUGAUACUGGCGGGCAACAAAUGUGACCGAGAAUUCAAAACCGUGCAACUGGACGAGGUCAUGGGUUACAUAGCGGGUCAGGACAACUGUUGCACCUUUGUGGAGUGUUCGGCUCGUCAGAAUUAUCGCAUCGAUGAUCUGUUUUAUGCACUAUUUAUGGUCUCGAACUUGCCACUGGAAAUGACGCCGAAUCAUCAUCGGCGACUGGUGUCUGUCUUUGGAGCACCGUCGCCCCUGCCACCGCAUGGUGCGAAUGUGGGCGGUGGCAAAAAGAAUGCCCUCUCCAUAAAGCGACGUUUCAGCGAUGCCUGUGGGGUGGUCACGCCCAAUGCUCGACGCCCCAGCAUACGCACCGAUCUGAAUCUAAUGCGUUCAAAAACGAUGGCGCUAAACGAGGGCGAGGGAGUGCGAACCUCGCGCUGGAACCGCUGUGUCGUAAUGUGAAGUAAUCCUGAUCUCAGAGCCUAUUGAGCUCUAGGUUGGGCGACCGGCCUUGUGAUAGUAGUGUACGAGAGCAGUGGACACGGUCGGGGGCGGGCAUAAUUUUAAACGCAGCGUUUGGGUGAUUUUGAUAUUUAAUGUAAAAGCGAAUAACGUACAUACAUAUACAUACUAUAUACUAUAUAUACAACUUUUUUGCAUUAUUAUUA